AUGCUCUGCCCACUGUCAUGGCUUCCGACGGCGCACCACCCAGUGCCGCGGCGGGACCCUGCACGACCACCUCGAUGGCGACGAGAGGCUCUCCUGCCCCUGGCAGCGCUGCCAGCGGCUGCCCGCGGCCGAGGUGCAAAGAGGCGGCUGAACCUGCGCGGCAAAGAAGGACUUCUGCGACCACAAAGAGGGGGCGACAGAGGUCCUUCGAACUCCGCCCCAGGGAUUGCGCCUGCGCCGAGAAGUCGUCAAGGAUCUCCACCGAGAUCCGGAAUUGUUUCAGCUCCACCGACUGGCAAAGGUGGGAAAGGACUAGAGCUCUCACUUUCGACGGCAACGGAGAAGGAUGUUUCAGAACGGCAGCUUGGUGAGUUUCGCGACUGGCUGCGCGAAGGCGGCGUCAGCAUGCGCGGGAUCCAUGUGCGCAAAGUAGCGGACCGAGGAUUGGGGCUAUUUGCGGCCCGGGAUUUCGACGAGGGUGAGACGCUUUUUCGAGUACCUCGCAGUCUGUUCAUCGAGGUGGAUGCAGGACAGUUCAGCGACAUCUCAAACGAGAUGGCCCUGUCCAGGGCUGCGAGUGUGCAAGAUGUGGACGCUCCGACACGGAAGUCCAUGCUGGACAUGGCGAGGCUCCUGCUCGCGGAGCGAAGAGCUGGCGCAGCCUCGAAGCAAGGGCCCCACUUGGCUGUUCUGCCGGACCCGCCGCCACUGUGGCCUCUGCGCUUGCGCUGGCCAGCAAAGCUAAGUGCUGCUUCGGAGCUGCUGCAGCGUUUGCACACCACGACGGUGGAGCGUGACGAGGCUUGCAUGGAUGAGCUGCAAUCGUCAGAUCCAGUGUGGAAAUCGCGCUGCUGGGCUCUGUGCGCCGCAUGGACGCGAUCGGUGUAUUUGGUUCAUGGAGAUCAAGAGCGACUGUCCCUGGUACCUCUCCUGGACUUGAUCAGCCACUGGACCCCCUCGGAGGUGACGGCCGAGGCCUGGUCCUGCUUCUACGAGCUGCGAUCGGAUGCAGUGGAAGUGAUUGCCGAAAGGUCCAUCGCCCGCGGCGAGGAGCUCACUUUACUUUUCGGCCGCUUCUCGGAUGCCGAGCUCCUCUGCAGCUACGGCAUUCCUGCGGGUGCACCGGCCAGGAAUGCCUUCGAUGAGGCUGGGGUCGCCAUUGGUCCGUACGUUCUCAUGUCCCCUCCGGAUCCGGAGCAGCCAAGGCCUCCAGAGCCGUCACUUGUGUCCGCGCGGGCGGCAUGUCUCACACGACAUGGCUGGUCCAACCUGGAUAGCUCCCUGCUCUUCACGUUGCCGCAAGACUUGCGCCCUUCGGGUGGUAUGUUGGCAUUGUCACGAAUUCUUGCACUGAAGUCUGCUGAAGAGAUCACGGAGAUGGAAGACGUUAUCUUCUGGAUGGACACCCCAGGCGCGGAGGCCCCGAAGCGUCUUGGCCGAGGGCUUGCUGAACAAAGCUGGCGACGCGUUGAGGGGUGGCUGCAGGAGGCGCUCUCCAAAGCCACCAUGCGAGCCUCGGACUACACAGACGAGAUGUCGGACUGGCCUGACCAGGACCAGCGGCGGCUAGCAGAAGCUGUUUGCUCUGUGCUUGUCGGUGAAGCUGCUGUGGUCGCUACUGCGCUGGAAGCCGUGGCUUUGCCCGCAGGAGGGUUCGGUGUGCGAGAGUUCUCAGCAAGGGUUUCGCGCAAGAGUGUGAUUUCAGGGAGCUCACGGUUCGGUUCGGCCAAGGUUCGCGUGACCUGA